GGGGGGGGGGGGGGGGGUCUACGGUCAACCCUAUGAAGAAUUUUCUGAGCAAGCUAAUGAAGGUGGUGAACUUUGUUGAAAUCAUUGUUCUUUCCUGACAACCCACCCCCCCCCUCACAAAAGGGAAAACAAAUGUGUAUGAAUUUACGUGGAAAAGUUCCGUGAGAAUUUUUCGUCAGCCCUUAUUCAUUUAUCAAUUGAAAUUAAUUGAUUCAUUUAUUUCUCUCUAUAUUUCUUUUUAUUUUGUUUGCAAUUUAUUAUCUUUCUAAUCCUACUUUAUUUAUCUACUUAUUCAUGUACUUAUUGAUUUGUUUAUGUAUCUAUUUAUUUAUGUAUUUGUUUAUUUAUAUAUUUAAUUAACUAUUUAUCGUAUCGUAUUUUUUCUAUUUAUCAUUUUAACGGGAAUAAACCAAAAGGAUGUACAUUAUUUCAAAAAUAAUCUCUAAACCUGUAUAAUGAUGGUUGUAGAGGGCGUGUUAAAAUUACACGUUUUUUAUUGUUUUUCUGAUUAGCGGAAUUGGAAAGAGAGGAAGCCAAAAUAUAAAAAAAUGAAUACAUUAUUAUCCAGAGCAAACACGAUAUUUGCCUUUACGCUGAGUAUAUUGGCAGCACUGACAUUCAUGUGUUUUCUAACAACUGUAGGCUUGGACACAAAGAAAGAUGUCAAAAUUACAACGGUGAAACAUUCAGUGAGGCACACAUAUACACAGUAUGGUGAGAAUGCAGAUCUUGGAGGGUUUUACUUUGACCUUCAAGCCAAUUUAGAUCCUCUAUUCAACUGGAACACCAAACAGCUUUUCAUCUAUCUAACUGCAGAGUAUGAGACCAAUCAAAAUAAACUGAAUCAAGUGGUUAUUUGGGACAAGAUCAUCAAGAGGACAUCAAAUGCUAAUAUCAAUUUCAACAGGAUACAACCUAAAUAUCCUUUCUUUGAUGAUGGUCAUGGAUUAAAGAACAACCAAAACAUAACCCUGACACUAUCAUGGAACAUCAUUCCCAAUGCUGGCCUUCUCCCUAGAGUUUACGGUAAUGGUAAAGAUGUGUUUGCAUUCCCCAGUGAAUAUACAACACAUAGGAUAUAGAAUGUAGUUAGUAAGUACUAAGUAGGGUUGUUUUUUUUGUCGGGUGCCAGCUAACUCAGCACUUGAGAUAAUUCGGCCCAUGUCGAAAAAUUAGGUGCCGAGUUGUCCAACAUGGGAGUGCUAUUUUGUUGACAAAUGUUUGUAUUGAAUACAAAUUGAUUGCUAAAUUGUCUGAUAUGCUUAAAUUAAUUUGUUAUAUUUUAAUAUCAAUCUUACCAUACAUGUAGGGUUAGGUUUUACGAUGGACAAGUGGGCACCCAAUUUUUUCAGUGGGGCCGAGUUGUUUAAGUGCUGAGUUGACCUGCACCUGUUUUGGGGGGUUUUUUUCUUUUUUUUUAUGUCAUCACGUUUGUGGUGCUCUAUUCUGUGUAUAACAUUAGUCACCAAUGAACUUUGAACUGACACCACAAUAUCUCUAUGAAACUCUUGCCUUUGAGGGAAUGGCAUAUGUCUGUUGUUUAUCAAGUAUUGGUGUCGUUCUUGUGACUAGAAUACAAGUAAAUCUGGGGAACUUUUCACAAAGCAUCUGAGAAAUAUGCUCUCAGCCAUUAAGCUACAAGGAUUAUAGUAGCUUAUAACAAUUGUCAGAGAAAAUCUGAGACAUUUCAUGAAAAGCAAUCUCCCCAGUACAUGUCUUUUAGAAUUUAGAGUUUUGCAGAAACAUAUUUGUGAAAGGUUACGUGACUCAAACUUUUGUAAUUUAGGAAUUUUCUAGUAAUUAUGGAGAUCAUUUCAGAGGAUUUCUUUAGCAUUUUUGUGAAUUAUUGUCAUUGAAUUUCACCUCUAUCAUUUGGUUUUAUUUUCAGAAAAUUGUUUUGAUUGAAUCCAUUAAAAUUGACCUUUAUUGUAAUUUUGAAAAUAGAUCAGUUCUCAAAGUCAAAUUUUCCAUGGUAAAGGGAUAGGAAUAUGGUAGUGACCAUCUUGGUUUUAAUUACCAUAAUAGUGUUAGUUCAAUGAAAUAGAUUGCUGAGGAAAUCAGGUAUGGCAGCUAGAGAAUGAAAUUAUGUAUGGUACAUUGUAUUUUCUCAUUAUUGAAAAAUUGUAUGUGUAUCAAGCACAUCCCUGUAUUGUCACACAAACAGAUGUUUGUACGGGUUUUGGAUUUGUUCCAUUUUUUAAAGAAAGUAAUGUUCGGGACACAAAUACCUUUACAAACAUCGUACGAACAAUUUUAAUACAUAGCAAUAAAUGGUAUGGAAUCAUUCGUACAGUGUUCUUAAAGGUAUUUGUGACCAUAGCAUAAUAAGAUUUUGAUUCUAAUUGAAAUGAUGUUUCAGUAUGUGACUAUAACAUACAUUGUAUAAUAUUCCUGUCAUUUGUACUGUUAUGAAAAAAAUGUAUACAAACUGCACUGGCUAUAGAAAACACAUUGAUAAAAAAUGACAGCAUAUACUGUACAUGGACAGGCUGUGGAAUUAUUUAAAAUCUACAGCACAAGCAUUGUAAUUUGCCAUGAAAGGUGACAAUUUGAAUUACAUUUGUGGGUACUUUAUCGUUUGAUUUUGUUGAACAUGUUCAAUUUAAUGUCUUCUUUCUUGACUCCCUUUUGUGUAUUUUUUUCAGUUUGAAAUUGAUGUGACAUGGCCUGAGACACGAUUGUUAAUUUAUGUUGAUUAUUUAUUAAUAGCUGUGUGGAAAUGAGGAAGAGUACAUGUAGUUAUUUCUACAUGUACACAUAGCUGGUUAGAUGCAGUCUAUUCAUAUUAAUUUUGUAAACUCUCAGUAAUUAUUCUUCAAUAAAUAAAUCAUUUAAGAUUUCAUUAUUUAUAUUAUAAUAACACAUGUUAAAACUUGUUAACGUUUGUCUUCAUGAAGUUAGAAAUCCACCUUGCACAAGUUGAAUCAUAUUGGAGUUUUCUUAUAAAUUUUUCUUUGUACAAGGAACCGGCAGCAAGCAAAUAGCUUUGUAGCUUUUUUAUUGUUCUGCAAAUUUUGCAGAGUUAGAAGUACAGUAGUGUCUUUUUCUUUAGAUUGAGACCAAGUAUUUGCUUCUGUGAGAAAUGGUCUUUUCUAACACAUGUAGAUUUCUGAUUAAAAUUGUUGGUGCAGCAAAAAUACACCCAUGGUGUAUUUUGUAAAAGUUAAGGAUUGUAUGGCUUCAUUUGUAGACAUUUUAUCUGUCAUUGAAGCAAAUCAAUGAUAUAUUAAAAUUAUGCCUACAUUUGGACUUGUUAUAGAGUAUUUCAUGAUGAAGUAUAUGAAUGAAUAACUUUAGACAAGUAUCUUUGAUGUCUUUCUCUCACUUUUAUUGUAGAUUUGGUAGCAUUUUAAAUUCAUGUUUCAGAUUUUGUCAGUGUUACUUCUUUUUGCCUCUUGUGUCAGCUCAUCUGUAAUUUGAGAUUAGUCAAACAUCUGCUUCUUGAACUUAUUAUAUGUGGUGUCAUAAAUAAAACUAAAAAAUGUGUGAUACACCCAAUGUGAAGGCAGGUUAGCACAUGGGCAUUCUUUCAUACUUCUAUAUAGCGCCAUCUGUUGUUCACCCUAUGUGUCACCAUCAGCCCUUGUCAUUAUCCAGAUUAAUGCGAAGAAAAAAAUAAUUGAAUUCAACAUUUACUCUUCAUGACUGUGGAUUGUUGUCACCUGACAAAUUACUCAGUGUAGAACAAUUAAGAUGGAAAGAUAAUGAACUUAAAUUAUAAUCACAGAGGGUGUAGUCUAGCUCAUCAAAGUUGAACAUACCAUCUGAUAUGAUUAGGGUUGAUAGAUUGGACCAAUAACGAAGGGCCAAAGAAAUUUAAUUUAUUUUAAGAGGAUCAAACCAUUAACAAUUAGUAAAUCACGCUGUAUGCACUUGUAUACAUGUUUGUAUUGACUUUUGGGUUGUUUUUUUUUAUUUCAUUUAUCAAAGGUAAUAGAAUAUGACUGUUACACGUAUGCACCAUACUGUGGGUCUUGAUAAAUGUAACAUGACCAUGAGUAGUAUUUAUUAUCAGCAAAUCGGUGACAUUUGUUUGAUUCUUAUCUACGUGAUAUAAUGUCUUGCUUUCUCACAAUAUUUUUUUCCUUCCCACACUUUUUAUGCGGUUACUGCAUUGUUAAGAAUUUCUAAUAAAGUGCAAAUAUAUUAUGUUGUACAAUAUA